CCCGAAGCGCACCGCGCACAUGAACGCGCCCGCGAUGAAGUCCGACGGCUACUCCGCCGAGGACGUCGCGCGUCACUGCGCCAAGGAUGACGCGUGGGUCAUCGUCGGCGACGGCGUGUACGACAUCACGGAGUGGAUCCCGCGUCACCCCGGCGGGUCCAUCCCGCUGGUGCAGUACGCGGGAAGGGACAUGACGGACGCCUUCCGCGCGUACCACUCGCCAACCGGCAAGGCGGCGAAGACUCUCAACGCGUACAGGAUCGGAGAGUACGUCGGGCGCGCCGGCUCGAGGGCGUCCGAUUCGGAGUGCGAGUCCCCCAAGGACCACCUCGCGACCGCGUCGGGGGAUUCCGUCGGGUCCGCGGCAUCCUCCGACGCCGCCGCGCCGCCCCACGUCGCCGCGUUCCGCGCCCUCGUCGCCGGACUCGAGGGUGAGUUUCGCACGGAUUACCGCCACUACUUUAAACUCUUCGCGUGCCUCACCGCGCUCUUCGCCACUGCCGUGUGGUGCGUGGUGGGCGCGGGGCACGGCGUUUGGACGCACAUGCUCGGCGCCGUGCUGCUGGGCAUGUUCUGGCAGCAGACGAUGUUCAUCGGGCACGACGCCGGGCACGGCGCCAUCACGCACAAUCACGCCAAGGAUUUUUUCAUCGGGCUGAUCGUCGGUAACCUGUGCAACGGCGUCGGCAUCACGUGGUGGACGACGACGCACAACGUGCACCACUGCGCGUGCAACUCGCUUGAGUGCGACCCGGACAUUCAGCACAUGCCCGUGCUCGCGGUGACGCCAAAGUACUUCGACAGCGUGUGGUCCUUGUACCAUCAGAGGCGCAUGACGUUUGACCGAGCGGCGAGGUUUUUGGUGUCGGUGCAGCACUACUCCUUCUACCCCAUCAUGGCCGUCGCGCGGUUCAACCUGUACGCGCAGAGUCUCAUCCUCCUGUUGACGAGCAAGGAGAUCAAGAACAAGAGGCGCGCGCUGGAGAUUUGCGUCAUGGGCCUCUAUUUCACCUGGCUCGGCGCUCUGGUGUCUGCGCUGCCGGCGAACGAGCGACUCGGUUUUCUCCUCCUCUCCCACGCCGUCGGCGGCAUCAUCCACGUGCAGAUCUGCCUUUCGCACUUCAGCCGCAAGAUCUUCGACGGCAGGCCGGAGAACGACAAGUGGGUGACGAUGCAGCUGGACGGGACGAUGGACAUCGACUGCCCGCCGUGGCUCGACUGGUUCCACGGGGGGCUCCAGUUUCAAACGGAGCAUCACCUGGUGCCGAGGAUGCCGCGGCACAAGCUCAGGCGCUUCCGCGAAGAGGUGGUGAAGCCGUUUUGCGACGAGCACGGCCUGAAGCACGACUGCCCGAGCUUCUGGGAGGCCAACGUGGAGGUUUGGAGGACGCUCAAGGCGAGCGCCAAGGCUGCGAAACUGUCACCCGCGUUCGUGCACGCCGUCAACCUCGAGGGUUGAUGCGCGUCGCCUCGGCAUGUUUCUUAUUUUCGGUUAUUUCGCCGUGUUCUGUUUGAUACCUUAUUUGCUUUUGCUCGCGCACAUGACGGUGUGAGGGGGGACGCGCGCGCGCGGGCGGCCCCCUUUGCGCGAUUCUGACUCAUUCUUUCCGGCGCGCCGCCGCCGAGGUUUACUGUUCUUUGUAUCACCACCGACGAGUUGCAGUUUCAAAUAACAAAUCGAAUUUCUCAGAGUU